AUAAAUCCGUUUCCAACACAAAAUCUAUUUAUUAAUGUUGGCAAGCGGGAACUGCGCUGUUCCUAAGAAUGACACAGCUAGAAGAAGAAGAAAAAAAUGUGAGUGAAAUAAUUCAUGAUGUUCCGCAGCUCAUCAGGUCCCCCCGCCCCGCGGACUCCCACACGGACUCAUUCACAAAUCCCCCCUUCAUCCCGCUCUUCAUCCGCCUCCACUGGGACUGUGCGGGUUCACUGUCCGUGGUGCUGACCGCCCCGAACGGCUGUCCUUGGUGCUGAAACACCCGUCCGAUAACCACCAGGUGAGGCUUUGUCCGGGCUCUGCCUUUUAUCGGAUUUCAGAAUGAGAACGAGGACAAAGAAGAUUUCAGACACCAAAACACGAGGGCAGCACAUGUGACGAACCCCUCCGAUCUCGUUAAGGCCAAACUUUUACUGCGACGUUUCAGCUGGAUUCUGACCAAAGCUGACUUUACUCCGCGGUACGUGGCUUUAUUUAAAGCUAAAACGUCUGCUGAGUGUUGCGAAAGCAGCGUGUGUUUCUUGAACGCAGCACAGAUUCCUGCUACUUUCUUUUUCUUUUUUCUUUUUCCCCUGCCCUUCUGUCGUCUCGCGAUAGAGCAGCGGAGCGGCUUGACGGGCAGUCGAGGUUGCAGCAGGCAGAGGGAGACGGUGGAAGGUAACGCAGGGAGGCAGCAUCAUGGCGGACAGAGACAGUGGCAGUGACCACGGAGGGCCCAUCGCAGGCCCCGGCUCGCUGCCCCCGGGCGCGAUGGGCGCCAUGUCUCGGCUGCAGCACGACACCGAGGAGCUCGCCUCCAAGCGCGUCGACAUCCAGAACAAGCGCUUCUACCUUGACGUGAAGCAGAAUGUGAAAGGCCGCUUCCUAAAGAUAGCCGAGGUCGGCGCUGGGGGGAACAAGAGCCGCCUCACGCUCUCCAUGUCCGUGGCCGUGGAGUUCCGCGACUACCUCGGGGACUUUAUCGAACAUUACGCCCAGCUGGGCCCGACGAACCCGGACAUGGUGCAGGAUGAGCCGCGGCGGGCGCUGAAAAGCGAAUUCCUGGUGCGGGAGAAUCGGAAAUAUUACAUGGAUCUGAAAGAGAACCAGAGGGGGCGGUUCCUGAGGAUCCGGCAGACCGUUAAUCGGGGCCCCGGAUUGGGAAGUGCGCAAGGCCAGACCAUCGCUCUGCCGGCGCAGGGUCUCAUCGAGUUCCGCGACGCUCUGGCCAAACUCAUCGACGACUACGGCGUGGACGAGGAGCCGGCGGAGCUCCCGGAGGGCACCUCGCUCACGGUCGACAACAAGCGCUUCUUCUUCGACGUGGGCUCCAACAAGUACGGCGUGUUCAUGCGGGUGAGCGAGGUGAAGCCCACGUACCGGAACUCCAUCACGGUGCCCUGCAAAGUGUGGUCCAAAUUCGGCAACACCUUCUGUAAAUACGCGGAGGAGAUGCGGAAGAUCCAGGAGCGGAGUAGAGAGAAGCGGGCCUCCGAACUGCUACCUGAGGGCCCGCACGGCGCGGACGACGGCGACGACGACUGACUGGGGAUCUUAAAGAGGAGCCGAGGUGAACCAAGCAAAGUCGAAAUCUGAACUGUGUGAGAGAAAGAUAGAGGGGGGUGGGGGGAGAACACACACCAGACUUUUAACUGUAAAAUAGAUCGAGAUUUUCCAAGGGAAUCACCCCACACACACAACCUCCACAGACAUGGCAGCACCUCUGCUGCCUCCUCGCUCAUUUUACUGGAUGUCACCCCACUUACCACCCAUGUAACAGUAAGCCGCUGCUAUCAAGGACCGAACUGUAAGAUAUGAAACUGUUUCCUACUUGACUUAAACGACAAUGAACAGAG